AUGGCUGAUUUUGCUUGUUCCACUGCUGCUUUAGCACCAUCUUGCUCUGGGUGGAAUCCAACUACUCCUGGUACGUCAAAUUCUGCUACUUUCAUCAACGUCGAUGAUGCCUUGGCUUCUUUUGAACUGAUGGUCAGCAUGAAUCCCAAGCCUUCCAUUUCGAGAUUCGAUCAGGUAUUGUCCUAUCUUCUGAAAAUGAACGUCCCUCAUACUGCCUUCUCUGUAUCUAGAUCAAUGGAAUUGGCUGGAAUUCCACACAAUGAGUACACACUCGACAUGUUGAUUCGUUGCUUGUGUAAAUUAGGCAGUGCGGAUGUUGGAUUUUCAGUUUUGGGUAAAGCUUUUAAACUUGGAGUUCAACCUGAUGUUGUGACCUUUGGUACAUUGAUUAAUGGGCUCUCUAAAGAUGGAAAACUUGCUGAAGCUGUGAACUUGGUUGAUAAAAUUAGGAUGUUGGGAUAUCAACCUGAGGUGUUAAUGUAUACCCCAAUCAUCAAUGUACUAUGCAAAGCAGGACAAGCAAAUGCAGGCUUUGAAUUGCUCGAGAAAAUAGAAGAUACCUUCAACAUACUGGUCGACGCUUUUUGUAAGAAAGGAAAUGUAUUGGAGGCUAAAGCUGUAGUCAAAAGGAUGAUUCAAAGAGGCUUGCUUCCAGAUGUGGUGACUUAUAGUUGUUUGAUUCACGGUCUAUGUAUCUCGAGCCAAGAGAAUGAAGCUAUGAUGUUGUUGGAUGAAAUGAUAGAAAAGAACGUCAUGCCUAACUUAUAUACCUUCAACAUAUUGGUCGACGCUUUUUGUAAGAAAGGAAAUGUGUUGGAGGCUAAAGCUGUAGUCAAAAGGAUGAUUCAAAGAGGCCUGCUUCCAAAUAAUAUCACAUACAAUUCAUUGAUGAAUGGGUAUUCCCUGCGGAACGAAGUAGACAAGGCGCGGCGGGUAUUUGAUUGUAUGGUUCUCACGGGAUGCAAGCCUAACGUUUACAACUAUAACACCAUGAUUGAUGGAUAUUGCAAAAGUAAAAGGAUGGAGGAAGCCGAGCAGUUAUUUAAUGAUAUGCUUGGGAAGGAUGUGUCUCCCUGCACUAUUACAUAUAAUAUUCUCAUGAAUGGAUAUUGCCAUGCAGGGAGGCUUGAAGAUGCACAAGAGCUUCUCAAGAAAAUGUGCAGUCAAGGUUUAUCCCCAAAUCUUGCGACAUAUAGGACUUUGCUUGCUAAUUUGUGCAACCGAGGCUAUCUUGACAAAGCACUGGCUCUAUUUGAAGCAAUGAAAAGUAAUAAGUUGAAGCCCGAUGUUCCUAUGUAUAACUUCAUUAUUGCUGGUUUGUUUGAAGCAGGGAGGGUUAAUGAAGCAAGGGAAAUGUUUUCUACCCUCAGUGAAGGUGACUGCUUAAAGCCAACUACCCGCACAUAUAACAUAGUAAUCAAUGGACUUUGUAGGCAAGGUUUGGUAGAUGACGCAUACAAUUUGUUUAGAACAAUGGAAGGGCUUACUUGUCCACCAAACUGCAAGUCUUAUAACGUGAUUAUCCAUGGAUUUCUUCAGCAUAAAGGUCCAUUUGAAGCUGGGGAUCUUAUCCAAGAAAUGUUGUCCAAGGGUUUCACAGCUGAUACAACCACAAUGUCCUUGCUGAUGGAUUUAACGUCGAAAAAUCAACUGAAUCAUCCAGUUGUCAGAAAGCUGGUUGGUGAUUCUGGAAUGGCUUGUGAGGAGGUUAGGCCGAAGGGUUUAUCAGCAGAGAGAAACAUCACCCCAGAAGCUUGUUAG